UUAUUCGCGCGUUUCCAAGAUGGCCGCCCAUGUGAGGAGGAAAGCGGCGUUUUCUUCAGCAUUUUCAGAAGUUUUGACGACUUAUAACGGCAUAGAAUGUUGAAACAUGAUGUCUGGUGACCCUGUGUGGUGUGAGGAGUGUCAGACCAGGGGGAAGAGGAGACAGCUGGUGCUGUACCAGUGGAGCUCAGACGAGGCCUGUUAUAUGUGCCAAGAUGAUGAUUGUACUUUCCCAAUGGGUUGUACGGACAUGUUCAAGUACACCAUCGUACGUAACAGCUCAGAUCUCGUCAGCCAGCGCCGCAAGAAGCGCAAGUCCUCGCUACCUCCUGUCACACAGAUCAACCACGUCACUGCUCCCACCCCUCCCAUUAUCUGUGACGUUUCACCCCCCUCGCUAUCAAGUGGAACAUUCCAGGCAUGGAAGAAACCAUUACCUCUCAAGCAGGGGGAGGGGAUGACACAAUCCGGUGCUUCUUUGAGUGAACAGUCAGAUGGUGGCCUGUCUUUCCGUUCUUUAGGUACAUUCUGCAAUAAAUCGGCUACUUCUAAGUUUGCUCCAUACCAAUCAGUUAAGACAACCACUACAGCAAUACAUGACAUGGUAAAGUUGCCAUCCUCACCAACAGACAUCUUUUCUCAGGGACUUGCCAGCAAGGACUUGAUGUCAAUGUUCUCUGAAAACAGCAGUGCACUGAUGGGUACUGCAUGCAGCCCUUGUGACUGGGAUUUGGAUUUGGAUGACAUCUUUCCACUUGGAGAAGGUUUAGUUUCUCCUAGUCAGGGUAAAGCCACAUCAGUACGUAACAACAGUCUCACAACAGCAUCAGAGCCUGAGAACAUAGCACCACAUCUGUGUACAGAUUCACAGGUAGACUGCGUUGUGAAGCUGGCACAGAAUUCUGUGUCAGGAGAUUCAAGCACACCUAACUCAACAGAGAUUCAGAAAGCAGCACCGUGUUUGCUAACAGAUUCAGCUGAAGAGAGAGUAAAGCAGACUCGACAUUCAGCCUUGACAGAUUCAAGCUCAUCUAAGCAAUCAACCCCAGAGGAUGUAGCACUACAGUUGCAUACUGAUUCAGGGCAAGAUGGCACUGUAAAGCUGGCUCAGCAUUUCGUGCCAGACUCAAGCAUGUCUCAGGGAAUUCCCACGGCUGCCCACAGCGCAAUCAUAGAUGACCAUAUGUCUGAAGAGGACUGCACAAUACAGUGGACAAACGCCCACUCCCUCUGCUGGCUAGAUGCGGCUAUGUGCAUGUUAGUUCACAGUCAGAUUCUGCGCCAUCGUCUUUCCCAGCUCAAUGGAAACGGGGAAGGCACCGUGAAAACACUCCACCUCGCCUAUCAGCAAGCUCAGGACCUUCUGUCCAACUACCAGAAAACCAGGAAGACACCAGAAAAGUUGAAGUUUCCUAAAGCCGCGCAAAACUCAGAAGAACUGAUCUGUGUGGAGCGUGCUACGGAGAUUCUUCACGACGUGAGACAGAAGGUGUUUGAGUCGUUGCGUCCGACACUGCGUUGUGAGUUGGGGAAGAACGAGAGUCCAGUGUUCGCCCUGCCGCUGCUGCUCCGGGAGAACUGGCUGAUUGAGGACCUGUUCAGGAUGGAGUAUGACUGGCAGUUCAGCUGUGACAAGUGUGGAUUCACCAAAUCAGACAGGAUGACCAAGGUACUUCCCACCUUCCCAAGUGUGACACCUGACUUCAGCCUGCUCCAGGCGUACCACCUGCGCAGCUGUUUCAGCUGUGGAGCUCCAGGGCAGAAGAGGAGGAUGGUAUUCAGCCGACUGCCCCCGUUUGUGAUGCUGCACCUGGUGAACGGACUGUCUCACAACAGACUGGAGGAUCUGGACUGUACCUACCAGGACAGACAGUACAGGCUGUCUGCUGUCAUCAGAUAUCAGACUCACCCGCAGCACUUUGUAGCCUACAUCAGGGACAUACAAGGUAACCGUUGGCUGCAGUGUGAUGACUUGAGUCACCCCGUGUGUCGCUGGCAGGACACCCCGCCCUCCAUCCCUCCCUCGCAGAUUCACAUCGUCUCCUGGGAACUUCAAUCAGACGACCCCACAGCUGCACAACUCCCUUCAUCUUCUGUGGCCAGCAGAGGCAGCUUACUGUCCGACUCAGGCAGUUCCAGUAUCAGAGGCACACGGAGGAAUUCGACUUCCAGUGAGUGUUCUUCACUCUCAUCUCUGCAGUAUAACAUCGACACGGUGGACUUGACAACAGACGUAGACUUGUCAGGAAAUGUGUCCAAUGGUAGUGGAAGUUUGUCCCAGGGACCUGCUGAAGGUGGGGUGACAGACACCGCUGUGAACAGACUGUCAGGACUGGCUGUACAGAAGGGAGCUGUGGUUAGUACCAGCCCUACUACAAGUCUGCAAACAACACAGUCAACACAGUUCAGGGUAGGCACAACAAAAGUACAGCCAAGCACGGCAAAGACAAACGUAGCUCGCAAUCUCUUCACAGAAAAGCCCCCCUCCCCUCCGAGAAUGUGCCUUGCCCCCCUCCCCAUAGGUAAGGCGUUGAGUCCCAAGUCCCAGUCGUCCCAGGAUACAAAGUUAGAGCAUGUAUCCUCACAGCCCAACUUGUCCAAGGCAGCUCCCAUUUUGAGAAGCCCCAACUCAGCAUUCACCGUCUACAAUGGAUGUGGUCCAAAGAAAAGUCCCCAAACCCUCGCUGCAUCCUCUGUAAGUGCUCCAAACACAAGAAGUGAGAGUACUGAGAAGAAUCCAGAGGACAAGAAGAAAACUUUCACUGUUGAUGCAUAUACUAGACAGAUUGCUUCCAGUUCAAAGGUCAGACAGGGAAGGGGAAAGGUCAGCAAGCCCAACACCAUCAGACAUCUGACCCAGAAUGCAGCAGCACCAAGUACAAAGAUACUCAACCCUUCGUCACUGAACAGAUAUCUCGGAAAACCAAGUGUAGUAACACCCCAGCAGUCUUACCCAGCAGUGAGGAGACAUGUGGCUAAGGAUGCAGAACCUAACCACACAACAGACUCUGUUAUCAGACCUGCAAAGAGGGCAUUAAGCACUGGGACAGGUCCAAGGAAGAGAACCAAAGUUUCUGCCCUGCGAAAUUCAACAAGCACAGCUCCCUCUUCCCCAGCCUUGUCUACAUGUACUCAGAAGUCAUAUCUACAGACUGAUAAACAGAAGACGUUAACUGUAAACUCUUCAGCCUCCGUUUCUAAACGAAAGAUCAGUGAAUUGUUGGGGAACAAGAAACAGUUCGCCGGCUACCAGCCCAGAGGGACGACAAGUGGUAACACACUCUCAGACAAAAGAACCAAGUACGUAGGACAGUUUUCCAUCUCUAACAGCCAGCACGCGCUAGCAAGACUACAGGGCAGCCAGAAAGGAAAAACCACAAGUCUAGGUCUGCAGAGAAUGCCAGCUAAAAGUAAAGCUGUAACAGCUAGUGUUAGUGUGGCACAAGCAAAACAGCAACCUUCUGAUACCAGUAGCCCUCUGCAAGAGGAUAGAAGUGGACACAAUGGUACAUAUGAAUACAAUCAGAUAGAUGCACAGAUGAACACAACUUUAGAGAAAGAUGUGCCAAAUAGAACUGUCCCUGACAGUGCUACAUCCUCGAAGAUGGCCUGUUCCCAGUCUAAUGAGCAACAGAGCCUGCAAGGGAGCAAGAAGCGUCUGAGUGAGACUAUGAGUGAGCUUUGUGAAAAACUUGGCCUGCCCACAAAUAAUGUCAAGAUGGACUCAACAGUUGAAGACAACUUCUUUGACUCCUUUUUCGAUGCAGAUCAGUCCAUGGAUGAUUUUGAGAUCAGCCCCUCAAAAGACGUCCUGUGCCUUGUGGCAGAUGACAACGUAAAUGACUCUGAGUUCUGUCAAAAGUUAUCCACAAUCGGAAAUCUACCUGUUGACACCGGCAUAGCCACUAGUCCAAUCAAGGUGUCAGACAGUAACCACAACAGAGUGGCCAGAAGAUUAGCAGUUUCCACUGACGGGAGAGAGUCCAGCUUUACCAUCAACACUUCGGCUCCAGCUUUGGUUAACAAACUGUCCAGAACAUUGCCAGGAAGUCCAGCCACUUCACAGAGGAAAGGACAGCUACCCACCGUGUCACAGCUAUUGAAGCAGAGAAUAGUGCAAACAAAGUGAAAAUGCCGAUUAAAAACAUUGUUUGACAAACUACUAUGCAGCUAGUAGCUUAUCACAGCAGCUUAGCCUGGGAAAUACUUAUCUGGCUUGUAAAAGGUGUAGAUGCUUCAAAUCUUUAGACUUUGUUGACUCUUACUAGUCUUAGUCUAAAUUAUGUUGUUGUCAUUUGGCACAAGGUUUUUUGUUUCAUGUCAAAAAAUGGAUCACUGAUAUCCAGUACACCAACUUUUUUUACCAAAGGCUUCCAUCUUGCUGAGUUUACUUCAUUGUUAAAUCUACAUGAAGACAGAGGAAUUGAUAAAAAUGUGACAGAUAAUUUUCCAACUGUUCUGUUUCUUUCAGUUUCUUAUCAAUACAAAGACAUUUUUGUUGCAUGGACAAGUCAUUUGGGGCCACUUAUAUUACCAUACAUACAUAUUAUGUUGCCAUUAUGUUAUUGUUAACAUUUUGUUAAAUGUUCAAGUUGUACUUACGUUAUAUUUAUCAAAAGCAGCAUGGAGUUGACUUUCAACACACAAACCAGUAACACUUCUAACACUCCACCUGUUUUUGGUUGGUCUAUUAUUUUCAUAUGGCAGCAUUACUGUAAGGUUUUUCCUCAUGUUUGUGACAUGACAACAGAGGCAACUAGUGCUGCAAACCUUAAGUUAACAUCAGGUACAGGUACAUGUACUGGUAUGGGAGGUAUAGGUCUGAACAUGAACAAUUUGGACAAAGUAACCAGUGAUCUUCAAUAAACAAGAACAUGCAUGUUCAUUAAGACUUCAGAUAUAUGAUUUGUAAAUACCAGUUUUGUUUCUUGCAACAAAUUGCAAGUCUCAGCAAGUACAUGUAUCUUUUGCACUAACCAAUGCUUCUGAAAGUUCAAGGAUUUCAUCUUUUUCAGGGCUAAAUUUUUAUCUCUGUUCAAGGAAUAACAUGUUUUUAGUAACAAAAUUGUCAAAUACUGUACUUGGGUGUAAGCCUAUUCAGGUACAUUACCCUUACGUUAUUUUGGACCUGAUUUCUGCAGUACUGUACCUCACUUUUGUCAAGCAUUCGUAAAAACUGAUAUCAGUUGAACAUGGAGAUAUGGUGCUUGACUGGUAUAGUCUGACCCAGGCAGGCUAUAUUGUUAUGUUUUUUUACCACAAAACCAGUCU